AUGGCGGAAUAAGGAGGAGUUUAUUUAAAAAAGCAAUGGUUUAUUAAGUCAAAUAAAGGAAAGAUAGAGGAUUUCUAUGACAUUGACCCCAAGAAAGUUUUAGGUUCAGGAACAUAUGGUAUGGUCUUUAAGGCAAAAAAGAAAGGCACCAAAAUAACAAGGGCAAUAAAGCAGAUUCCAAAGAAGAAAGUUAAAAAUCAAGAAAGAUUUUAAAGAGAAAUUGAAAUUAUGUCAAGCUUAGAUCACCCAAAUAUCAUAAAGCUCUACGAAACAUUUGAAGACGAUAAAAAUAUCUAUCUGGUCAUGGAAGUUUGUGAAGGUGGCGAACUAUUCGAUAGAAUUAUAGAAAGAGGUUUCUUUAGCGAAGUAGAUGCAAGAACAAUCUUUACCCAAAUUAUGCAAGCCAUCAAUUAUUGUCAUUCCAAAAGUAUCUCUCACAGAGAUCUUAAGCCUGAAAACUUCUUAUUCCUCACAAAGCACGACGAUUCUCCAAUCAAAGUUAUCGAUUUCGGUUUAUCUAAGAACUUUGACCAUAACUAAGCAAUGACUACUAAGGCAGGAACUCCUUAUUACAUUAGUCCUGAAGUCUUGCAAGGUAAAUAUGACGAGUCAUGCGAUAUUUGGUCAGGAGGUGUUAUUUUAUACAUUCUUUUAUCCGGUAAUCCUCCCUUUUACGGUGAUACUGAUCCCGAAAUUCUUGAAGCUGUGAAGAAAGGCUAGUUUUCUUUCGAUAUUCCUGAAUUCUAAAGCGUAUCUUAAGAAGCAUAAGAUUUAAUUAGGAAGAUGAUUACCACUCCCGAUAAAAGACUUAAGUCAUUUGAAGUAUUAAAUCAUCCAUGGAUGAAGCAGGACAUCAAAUAAAAAGGAAAAAAUCUUCCUUUGAAUUUUAACGCCCUAAAGAAUUUUACUCAACACCAUAAAUUAAAAAAAGUGGCUUUGACCUUCAUAGCAUCUCAGCUUUCAGAAAGCGAAAUUUCUGAUUUAGGAAGACUUUUUAGAUAGCUCGAUAAAAACGGAGACGGUGUCUUAACCAUCGAUGAAAUUAAAGAAGGUUUGAGUGGAACUACCGAAAAAUCAUACGAUGAAAUUAAAAAAGUUAUAGAAAGCAUUGACACUGAUGGCAGUGGAAAAAUAGAUUAUACAGAAUUUUUAGCUGCUACCAUGGAAAAAAGCUUAUACAUGAAAGAAGAUAAGCUGAUUUAGGCUUUUAAAAUGUUAGAUUUAGAUGACAAUGGUAAAAUAUCAAAAAGUGAACUAAAAAGUGUUUUAUGCAAGGAUGAAAAAUACUAAAAUAUCCCUGAGAGCUAUUGGGAUCAGAUGAUUCAAGAAGUCGAUAAAAACGGAGAUGGAGAAAUCGAUUACUCCGAAUUUAGAGAAAUGAUGAAUACAAUUUCUUUGAUUAAGUGA